AUGGCAUCCAUUGCCCAGGCCCACGCCAAUGGCAAAGUUGUCGGCCUUGAGUCAAUCUCAGACGGCCAGCCGCAGCCACGGCGCGAAAUCGACGACCUCAUGAUGAAUGAGCCUGUCGUCUUCAAUCUUUUCCUGCUCGCCCUUGAAAGCAUUCAGAAGGAUCAAGCGGACAAUGAUGGCCAACAGGACAAGAUGUCUUUUUUUGAAAUUGCCGGCAUUCAUGGACUCCCGAACAGGCCGUGGAAUAAAUUAUCUGUCCAGAAAAACAUGUACACUGGUGAGAUUGGGUACUGCGUCCAUGGCUCUUCAUUGUUCCCAACAUGGCAUCGUCCCUAUCUGGCAAUGAUUGAGCAAAGCAUCUUUGACGCCAUGGGGAAGAUCGCAGAGAAGUUCAAGGAUCCCAAGUACAAGGACGCUGUCCGGAAAUUCCGCCUUCCUUACUGGGACUACUUCCACCCCCGCAAGAUAGAAGGUGCUGACCCCAGCAAGAAACCGGACUACGACUUCAGCUUGCCUCUAGUCUUGAAAAAGGAGGAGCUGAUGGUGUAUAGGCCGGAGGCCGAAAAUGACUUGGUGCCGAUGCGCAACCCGUUGCGGGCUUUCUGGUUUCCAAAGACCGGUGGUGUUUCCGAACAAGACUGGACGGCGAAGAUUCAGAAUCAGCCUGUGGUUCGGAAUGCAUCAUCCUACUCCCGGGACCGCACCGUGCGUUACGCGAGUCGUCAGAGCCGCGAUCAGGAUGACUACGCUGAGCUUGACAAGGCCUUGAAUCGCGCAAGGACGUUCCUUCUGCCAUACAUGAUCAGCUUGGUCCGCUCAGAUGUGUACAAGGACUAUCGCAAUUUCGCGACAGCGGCCGUCGGGGGCUCCUCGAAUGGAUCGCUGGAAGACUUCCAUGGAAACCUCCAUGUGACAAUUGGCGGACCAGGAGGGCAUAUGUCGGAAGUUGAGGUGGCAGCGUUUGAUCCGAUCUUCUGGCUACAUCACUGCAACAUCGACCGUAUCCUCGCCAUUUGGCAGGCGCUGCACGAAGGCUUCAUUGACAUGAGCAGCAAAAACCCGAGAGAAAGGGCCGACGGACCUCUUUACCCUUUCCUCCAUCCCACGAAUCAGGACAAUCAGCCCUACUGGGACAGCACCCAAUCCAAGUCCACCACGACAUUCGGCUAUACGUACCCCGAUAUCAUGGAGAAGCCCGGUGGAAAAUCCAUCCGCGAGCGUUUCGAUGAGAAGUACGGUUGGGGCUCUCCAGCAAACGUUGGACAGGAAAUACAUUUCCCUGAGGAGAUGAAGCCCAUCACAGUGCAAGGACCAAAUGGAGCACAAGUCUUCCACAGAGUGACUGCAAAGGUUGCUCACCCUACCCAAGAAGUGAAGAUGGCCGAGACGAGGAUGAUGGAACAGCAAGUUAUGAGCAGCCCUGGUGCCGGUCCUGGUCAGAGCGGCAACCCACACGGAUCGGCGCCAGUGUCAUCUUUCCCCAGUGGUGACGAACUCUUGAAAAAUGAGCCAGAGGGAACGCGCCUAGUGUUGCAGUGGUAUGUUGAUUGCGAAGUGGACAAGGACGCUAUCGAUGGUGUCUUCACCAUCUUCUACUUCGUGGGCCCUCUGAGCGAGCUCAACAAUGAUCCCGAGUGUUGUUGGCAGACGGAACCCAACCUCGCAGGCCUCAAUCAUAUCUUUUCCGCGCGGAAAGAGAACUGCUAUAACUGCGAGAGCCAAGCCGAAGAGGGUCUCAAGGUGACCGGCACCAGCCCCAUAAACGCAUCCUUGCAAGAGAACAUCGAAGCAGGGAAACUGCAGAGUCUCAAGCCGGAGGACGUAGAGCCUUUCCUGAAGAAAAAUUUGAUUUGGAGGGUUGUAAAGGCCGAUCGAACCACCGAAGACCCAGCGCAGGUACCGAGCUUGAAGGUCAGCGUUAGCGCAACAUACUCCGUCCUUCACCCAGGAAACAUCCUACCCGAGUUCAGGGAAGGUCAUUACUUUCCAGAAAUCACUGCAAACCACCACUCGGGUAACCCGCCUGAUCAGUAG